AUGGUUGUCGGUAUCAGUAAACGCCAGCAAUCUCGCAAUGAGAGGGCUCUCCAAGACCUCGUCCGGUCGGUCCCGGGUAAUGACCGUUGCGCUGAUUGUGGCGAGUUGAAUCCAGGAUGGGCAAGUUGGAAUAUGGGACUCUUCCUGUGCAUGCGGUGUGCUGCAUUGCAUCGCAAGUUGGGCACCCAUAUCUCCAAGGUCAAGUCCUUGACUAUGGACAGUUGGUCGUCGGACCAGGUUGAUAACAUGAAAUCCCACGGCAACAACAUCAUGAACAAAAUCUUCAACCCCAAAAACGUCAAGCCUCCGGUCCCCACCGAUAUCGACGAGAGCGACUCGUGCAUGGAACGAUACAUCCGUCAGAAAUACCAACACCGAUCGCUUGAGGACGGAAAGCCCAAGCCCCCUAGUCGCCAUGAUUCCGGUUACACCAGAUCCCCUGAAGGUUCGCCGCCGCCUCUGCCCCCGAAGAAUGGAAAGUUCUUUGGCUUUGGACUCCGCGGGUCGUCUUCUACCUCGAAUCUCCGUCGAUUUUCUACCAGCAAACCGACUUCGCCGCGAUCGCAGAGACAUGAUUCGCCUCCUGCGCCGGUUCCUGUUAAUACGGCUUCGCAGGGCAUUGGUGCUUCGAUUGGAGAUAUGGGUGCGCCUUCGUUCGAAGCGAAGUUGGCUACAUUGAGAGAGAUGGGAUUCCCCGAUGACCGACGCAACGCGGUUAUCCUUCGGGGUUUGGGUGGUAAUAUGGAGAGGACGAUUGAAUCUUUGACGAGACUAGGCGAAGGAUCAGGUGCUUCGACGCGUCCGAUUUCGCGGGCGAGGACCCCGAACCCAACUUCGACCUCCAUGGCUGCUCCCACUUCGCCAGCCAGAGCGACGACUUCGUACAACCCAUUCGAUCAAUUGGACUCGAAGCCAGCCAACCAGCCUACUGGGCAGUCGUACAACCCCUUCGAUGUGCCAAACACGCAACCUCAGUCUGCAAAUCUGGAGGCGUCGUUCCAAGGCCUGCAAGUCUCUCAGCCGUUGUUCCCGCACUCGACGGGCGGAUAUCCGCUCCCGAAUCGCCAGAACUCCCUCCCCCAGCCUCUCUACCAACAGUCUGCUACUCCCCCGGUCACAGCUACAUUCGCACAAAAUGGAUUCCUUGCGUCUCCGCAGACGCAGACGUUCGACGGCGGAAACAACCCGUUCUUCCAGUCGGCUCCCCAGCCGCAGCCGCAGCCGCAGGUUAACAACGCGAGUCCGUUUACGAGCCAAUUCCCGAAUAACACCACACAGAACAAUCCUUUCUUCAACCAGCUUACGCCGCAGUACACGUCUAUGCAGCAACCUCAGCAGACUCAAUCGGUAGCGCCGCCUGUUCCGUCCCUCCAGCAUGCGAACACGAUGCCAGUUACGUCGUCUACAUCACCAUUCGGACAGCCAUCCCCGUUCCUGCAGCCGCAGCAGCCGCAGCCGCAGCAACCACAACAACAACUCCUACAACCACAGACAACCCCGCUGGGCCAGUCGAACCCCUACAACCCAUUCCAGUCAAUGACUGCACCAAGCACACAACAGCAGCAGCCGCAAUUUCAAUCCCAAUUCCAACAACCUUUCCAAACCCAACCAACCCCGCAACAACUCAUCCCCCAAGCCACCGGUCGCGUGGACAAAGGCAGCAUCCUCUCCUUGUACAACAUCCCCUCUCCAACCCCGACUCUCGCACAGCAGCAGCAACAGCAGCAACAACAACAACAAGCAACCCUCAGCCCCCCUGAUUUCGGUAACUCGCCGUUCCAGCAGCCGUUCCAGCAACAACAACAACCCUUCCAGCCGCAGGGACAGCAACAGCAACAGCCGCAACAACAAUCAGGCCUGGGUAUCGGCAUGGGAAUGAACAUGGGAAUGGGAAUGGGCAUGAAUCCAACCGGCCCGCCGCCAUCAUCGCUGAGCAACAUGGGUUUCGCACGAAACCACUCGAGUCAGCAGAGCGUUGAUCUGAACGGACUGCAGAAUGGCCGGCAUAGUCCCGAUGCGUUUGCGAGUUUGAGUGCGCGGUAUGGGUAAUGACCUUCGUUUAGUUUUUGGUCCCUUGUUUGGGAUCCUUGGUUUUGGUUUCUUGGUUAUUGCCAGGUACAUACAUUCUCGGUGGAUAAUACGGAUUAUCUAUUCACAUAUUUUGUCCUUCUGGUCGUGUAAUAGUACUCAUUUACAUACUACUGACUUAUAGUCAUACAUAUUCGUGUUUGCAUUUCUGGCGUUGAUUGUUUUGUGUUCGUGUGUCUAGAUUGAUUUUGGGAAAUUGGUACAUAACAUAACAUACAUAAAGAUAAUAAAUAGUUCGGAGUCUCAUGAAACU